AUGUUUGCCUUGAUCCAACAUCUGGCCCGUAGAGGGCUGGAGGCCGCCUCGCUCAAUCUGGAUUCUCCAAAUGACAACGGCCAUGGAGGGGCUCGUCGCCUGUCAGCUUGGGCAUUGCUGGUGUUCAUUGUCACCACCAUUGUGUUUGGCCUGGUUGCUUUUGCUUUCCAAUACACCUACGGCAUGGUGGUUGCAAUGUUGACUGUGGUGGAAGAUCCGCACCCUGAUAUUUAUACCCCUAUUACCAUCCCCGAUUCCUCGUCUAAAUCACCCAUAAAUAAUACUUCUUCUUCCCUUGAUACCACCGCUUUCUCCCCGCCAGGUCCUAUCACCCGCAGUCUACGUACCGCUAUCCUUCACCUCCGCGCCCGUGCCGGUCCCUGGUCGCGCUUUCGUGGGUUGAACGUGUACCUCUGCAUGGGCAUAUGUCGCACUUUGCUCGCUAAGCUCUUCCUCUCUUCCCACCAUCGCAACCCCGAUCCUCUUCAGUCCCUGAUCCUGAUUGCCACCGAUGUAGUCUCUGCUCCUCUUGAGCUUGCCUGGGUCCAUAUUGUCGUUUCCAAACCUUCUGAACGGCCCUUCUGGAGGCGCAUUCCAGGCUGCAGCAGCUGGGUGAAAAUCGCUCCUGCUGUUGCUCUCCGCUCGGCUGCUUCACAGCUCACCUUGGACCUGCCAGCACAGCUUGGACUCAGGCUUAUUCAGUGGCCCGUGAACCAGGGCAACUCGUCAUUCUCGGACCCAGAAUACAACCCCAACUCUGACAUUCUCAUCGCCCUAGGAGUUCUUGUUCUCUCGUGGGCCCUGGUGGUCCUUGUGGAGAUUCCGGCAACCGUGACAAUGAUUCGCGUUGCAGCGUCAUUACUCCCCAAGGAAGAGGAGACUAUUGUACCGUUCGAUCGCACCUUUGGCGGAAAGGUCCAACCGGUUAUCCUGGGUGGUAGCGGCAAGAUUGGUUUGCUGGAUGCCUGGAGAACCUUCACCUGGCCUUCCCGCAUCCGUCUCCUCAAGGUUUUGGCUAAGACCUUCGCCAUGCUUACAGCCGUUGCCUUGACUUGCGCUGUAUUCCUCGCUGGUGAGGUCAUGCUCUUUGGCGACAAAUUGAUUGUCAAGGUAUAA